AUGUCUUACCUUCCUUCCUUCAUUUUAAGCGAUGAGUCUAAAGAACGUAUAACUAAAAUUCUGAAUUUAUCCCAAACUGUGGCCCAUUACGGAUGGCUGCCGUUCGUUCUUUACUUGGGAUGGGCACACAGUUCUAAUAGACCCAAUUUGUUCAGUCUGUUGAGUCCCUUGCCUAGCGUUUGA